AUGGUAGUGUCCUUUCGGUUGGAUGCCUUGUCUGCUGGACUCGACUCUCGGCAAUCGACUGUCUGGAAGUUGACUGUCUGGUAUUCGACGCUCGGCAUUCGACGCUCGGCAUUCGACUCUCGGCAUUCGACUCUCAGCGAUCAACUCUCUGGCAUUCGACUCUCGGCAUUCGACUCUCGGCAAUCGACACUCGGCAAUCAGCUCCCAGCUUCAGUGUUCGACUCCCAGCAUCGGAGUAUCCAGUAA